GUGCACAGGUGAAGACUACACCUUAAAGUCAAAUGGUUGGAUUAGUCUCUCAUUAGCAUAACAGCAAUUGAGAUAGCUGCUACUGUGUGUGUGGGAGAGGAACGGAGCUAGAGAUGGCAGGAGCAAUCGUGAGUGCUUCAGUUGGGGUGCUGAAUCCCCUUCUAACCAAGCUUUCCUCCUUGAUCGAGGGAGAGUACAAGCUGCUCAAAAGUGUGAAGAAGGAUAUCAUCUUUUUGAGGAAUGAGCUCAGCAGCAUCAGUGUCUUGCUUGAGCAUCUAUCGAACAAGGAGGACAAGCUUGAUGGGCCGACCAUGGAGUGGAGGAACAACAUGCUCGAGCUAGCUUAUGAUAUUGAGGAUUGCAUCGACCUCUUCAUCCACAAGUUGAGUUGUGGCGAUGCCAAUGCCAACUUUGUUCGCAAGAUAGGAAGCAAGAUAAAGAAGCUAUGGGGAAAACACCAGAUCACAGAGUGUAUCCAAGAACUGAAGAAUCGGGUUAUGGAGGAGGACCAACGUCGCAAGCGGUAUCAGAUCGAUGAUUUCAUCUCCGAGCCAAGUAUGGUGGAAAUUGAUCCCCGUCUGCUGGCAUUGUAUGAGGAGGUGGAGAGGCUCGUAGGGAUUGAUGGUCCAAGGGAGAAGAUCGUUAAGUGGAUCAUGCACAAAGAUUGGUCAUCAGAACAACGCAAAGUGGUUUCGAUUGUUGGUUGGGUGGUCUUGGAAAGACAACUCUAGCUAAUGAAUUGUACAAGACAAUACAAGGGGAUUUUAAGUGUAUAACUUUUGUGUCUAUUUCACGUACCCCUAAUAUAAGGAAGGUCUUGGUUGAUAUGCUUAAAGGACU